AUGGCAGCAAAGAAUGUGGGGAAGGGAAAAGGAGGGGUCAGGGAGGCCGCCGAGGAGAAACGCCCGGCUGCUUUCUUCGUGCGGAAAGGGCUCGACAUUCUCAACCCCGCAGUCCCUCUCCGUCCACCUCCGCCCGCCACCCCACACUCCACAACGGACGAGCGAGCCAAGCCCGGCCCUCCCCUCCCCUACCUCACCUGGCUUGUCUCUGCUGCGGGCAUUGACUCCUCCUCCACCUCCACCUCCACCUCCACCUCCAAAACUGACUCCUUUCCUAAUCUUGCUGGACAGUUCUCUGUAGUCUGUAUCCCCGCACAUGCCACCGUCGACACCUGUCAGCCCCACCACCGGGUCGCCCUAGCCGUUCCCGGCAAUAUGGACACGGAGACCUCCUGGGUUAGGAGGACUAAGUUUUCGCACACCGUCUACACAAGGGUUAGUUCCCAUGGGGUGCAUGUGGCUCCUCUUGGCAGGGAUGUGGAGCAGAGACUUCAGAGGUUUGUGAGCAUGAGUAAGUGUGUGACGAUGCCCAUUGAUCGAGGCAAUGAUGAAACAGUGGCUGCGCUGAAGCAUACUGCUAGUUUGCCAUCACUUCGAGCCUCACUUCAGCCUAAUGAGAAGAAGGCCAGCAAGCAGAAGAUGAGUUUGGAGAUUCCUUUGAGCCCUCCGGCAAAGUCUGAGAAAUCCAAGGCCCCAAGGGCGAGGAGCCUGGUCAAGAGCCCAAGCUCGAUGAUGCUCCUUAGCUACUUAAAUAAUGCACACACAAGUCAGGGCUCCAACCUUCAUCAAAAGGCUAAUGGAUCUCCUCACAAGCUGAGAUCCAAGUCCCCUCUUCCCAGCGUAGUGCCUUCAGAUACAUUCAGGGAAGCGAGGGCCAGCAGUCAGAGGUUCACAAGCCCUCCCCCGAAGCGUGUGGGAUCUGAUAAAAGCGUCUAUGGCAAAUCGUUGGGCAGGGAAGGGUGUGAUAUGGGUCCAAGCCCUGAUUGGUGUUCGACUCCGGUGGUCUCUGAUAAGCACAAUUCUCAGAAGGAUAGCUCAUGGACCAGAAGAUACUUUGACAAUGGGGGAAGGAGGAGGGUUAGUGCAGUAGAGACUGUGAGGAGCCGUACGGUUAGCAUGGCUCAAGCGGUGCAAUCUACAGUUGAUUGGGAACUUGAUCCAACCAAGCUGCUUGUUGGCCAUAGGUUUGCUUCUGGGGCACAUAGCCGGCUAUACAAAGGACUUUACGACAAUAAGCCGGUUGCCCUUAAAUUUAUCCGCCGGCCUAAGCCUGACGCUGGUGGGAUAAUAGCUGCAAAGCUUGACAAACAAUAUAACACUGAGAUCAAUGCAUUGUCUCAUCUGCAUCAUAAGAAUGUGAUCAAGCUUGUAGCGGCUCAUAGAUGUGGACCGGUUUAUUACAUUAUUACGGAGCUUCUUCCUGGAGGUUCCUUGAGGUCAUACCUGCACAACCCAGAGCACCACCCCCUCCCUCUGGAGAGGACCAUAUCCAUCGCUCUGGAGAUUGCCCGCGGGUUGGAGUACAUCCACUCUCAGGGAAUUGUCCACCGCGACAUUAAGCCCGAGAACAUCCUUUUUGAUGAGAAGUUCGAGGUGAAGAUUGCUGAUUUCGGCAUUGCCUGCGAGGAAACGUUAUGUGAUCUGCUAGUGGACGAUGAGGGCACGUACCGCUGGAUGGCCCCUGAGAUGCUAAAGCGCAAGCCGUACAACCGGAAGGUGGAUGUAUAUAGCUUUGGACUGCUGCUGUGGGAGAUGGUGACCGGAAGAAUUCCUUUCGAGAACCUCUCCCCAGUCCAGGUGGCUUAUGCCGUUGCGAAUAAUAACAAGAAAGUGAUGGAGCCUCAAGAUUACUGCCCAGCAGUAGUGAGACCCCUGAUUGAGGAGUGCUGCGCGUUGCAGCCUGAGAAGAGGCCGGAUUUCUGGCAGAUUGUGAAAACCCUGGAGAAGAUCCAGUCGGUUAUGUCGCAGGGCGGCUGCCUGGACGCGCUGAGGAGCAGUGACCACAAGAAGGGGCUUAAGCACUGGAUUCAGAAACUGAAGCCAUCGCACAGCGCACGGGUGUUCGUCCUGGCCGUCGCUGCCGGUGGCGCCCUGACGCGGAAGGAGGCUUGGAGCCAAGGUGUGAAUCAUGUUGACUCCUACCAUGUUCUCUUUCACAAACUGAGAAGGACGGACCUUGGGCUGCCUUCUCGGAGGAAGAGGACAAAUGGACUAUCUUCAAUCUUCCUAGUGACAAAGCUCUGUGCCCCAAUGGUUUCUUCGGAGCCUUAUUCAAAGAUUGUUUGGGAGAUCAUCAAGGAUGUUGUUGUGCUCGAGGACACGUCCCAAGGGCAUCUACACCCUCUACGUGGGAGAACUCCAACCAUCCGUACCUCAUUCUAUGCCAAUGAUGAUGCCAUCUUUGUCAAGCCUAUUAAGGAGGACAUCCCUCGUGACUACACUUGCCUCUUUUGGGGAGCCAUCCUCACCGCCAUUGCCAUUUACCAUCUUAUGCCCUUGUACACCCCGAUGGAAGUUAGGAGGGAAAUUGAUAGUACCCGUCGCGCAUAUCUUUGGGCGGGCACUGAAAAGGUCUCGGGAGGCAAGUGCAAAAUUAAUUGGGACCUUGUUUGUAAACCCAAGAAGCACGAAGGCUUGGAUGUGCUCAAUCCGGAGAAGUUUGCUACAACUCUCUGUCUUUGUUGGCUCUGGUUUGAGUGGAUGGAUACCAAGGAGCCUUGGAUUGGUAUGGGAUCACCGUGCUCAUAUGAGGACCGUGACCUCUUCGCGGUUGCCAGUCUUGUCACCAUUGGUAAUGGGCACUCUACCGAGUUCUAG